AUGCUGCACCAAGACCUGAAGGAUGCCGCGAAAUCAGGGCAACAAGCCAAGGCCGGCGAGGAUAGUAGGAAGUAUCGACUUUUCCGCCAGCUUGUCGAGUCUCGCUUUCAGAUGCUGUUGGGGCAGAUGGGUCCAUGGACACCGGAGCACAAGAUGUACCAUUCGUUUGGCAUGCACAGCCAGAGUGAUGUGGACAAGGAAGCCAGAUUAUUCCUCAAGGCCGUUGCCAAUGCUUUCAAUCUGGCUGGAGAGAAGGGCAAAGUCGGGAGAUUGGAUAACCCCCUGUUCUGGAGUCUCCGCAAUGGCUUUGUCCACGGAGAUGCCACCGGUCUGGCUCAGGAGCUGAAAUAUGCCUUCCAAAGCUUCACCCUUCGAUCGCGCUUCUCAAACGCAGUUACCGAAACACACCAAAAGCUUGCCGACUUUCGAUACCCGUACGAAUGGUUCCCCGCUACGCGGGCUAUGCAGAGGACCAUACACGUGCACGUCGGCCCAACGAACUCGGGGAAGACCUAUCAAGCCCUCCAGGCGCUCGAGAACUCCAAGACCGGAAUCUAUGCUGGGCCCUUGCGUCUUCUCGCCCAUGAGAUCUACACUCGCUUCCAGGCAAAAGGCAAACCGUGCGCGCUCAUCACGGGAGAAGAACAACGAAUUCCCGAGGGCGUCGACACGUACUUCACGGCUUGCACUGUGGAGAUGGCGCCCCUGAACAGGCGAGUGGAUGUCGCAGUCAUUGACGAAAUCCAGAUGAUCGCCAACGAAGACCGGGGCUGGGCUUGGACCCAAGCUUUUCUCGGCGUCCAGGCCAAAGAGGUGCAUCUUUGUGGAGAGGAGCGAACUGUCGAGCUCAUCAAGAGCUUGUGUGCUAGGAUAGGCGAUAAGUGUAUCGUCCACACGUACACACGUCUGAGCUCUCUGAAGACCAUGAAAGAGAGCCUACAGGGAGACUUCAAGAAUCUCCGGAAAGGCGAUGCAGUCGUCGCCUUUUCCCGCAUAGGCCUGCACAUGCUCAAGGCAGGCAUCGAGGAGGCAACAGGUCGAAGAUGCGCCAUCGUCUAUGGCUCCCUUCCGCCCGAGACUCGUGCGCAGCAGGCGGGCCUCUUCAACGACCCGAAUAACGAAUACGAUUUUCUCGUGGCCAGUGAUGCCAUUGGCAUGGGCCUCAAUCUCGAGAUCAAGCGUGUCAUCUUUGAACAAGCUCACAAGCAUGACGGCGUUGCCUAUCGGAUCCUGAGUGUUCCUGAAGUCAAGCAGAUUGGGGGUCGGGCUGGACGUUUUCGCACUGCAGCGCAGGAGAUCAAGGGUGCGGCAGCUGCACAAUCGGCGGCGGCGGCGGCGACGACGGCGACAACACCACCCGCCGCCCCGCCGGCGAAGAGAUGGGGCACCCCCGGGUUUGUGACCACCUUGGAGGACGAGGAUCUCGCCAGUGUGCAGACUGCCUUCGAGACCGAAGCACCACCCAUAAAGACCGCCGGCCUCUAUCCUCCGACCUUCGUCAUCGAGAGGUUCUCCUCGUACUUCCCCCCGCACACACCGCUCAGUUUUAUCCUCCUCCGCCUUCGCGAGAUGGCGAGGCUUAGUUCCCACUUUCAGUUGUGUCGAUUUGACGAUAUGAUCGAGGUGGCCGACCUCAUCCAGCCGUACCCCAUGAGCAUCUUUGACCGCUGUGUCUUCCUCUCAGCGCCCGUCUCUCUUCGAGAUUGGGGCCAGAGGGACGUCCUUAGAGCGUUUGCAGAAUGCGUUUCUUCGCUGAAUGGUGGUCACCUUCUGGACAUCAAAGAAAUAGACCUCGAGAUGCUCGACCGCAACCGAGACGAUCCCGAGUUGAAGGACGGCCAGUAUCUGCGGCGCCUCGAGUCGCUCCACAAGGCCAUAACGCUAUACCUGUGGCUUAGCUACCGCUACAACGGUGUUUUCCAGAGCCAGGACCUCGCCUUCCACGUCAAGUCUCUGGUAGAGGAUAAGAUCACGGACUAUCUUGAGCAUCUCACAUUUGUGCCCGGAGCCCGCCAGGAGCGCCAAAAGAUCAUCAGGAGGAUGGCCGAGCAGAGACAGAACCUCGAGGAGAAGCUGUUGGGUGAUGACCAGGCCAAGGCCGGAGAUACCUUGCCGAACCACGAAGGUGCUGGCCAGUGGAACGAGGAGGGCCACGAAGAGCCGUUGGCCGAGGAUGAAGAGGAGAUUGUGCUCAGCAGCGACGCGCAGAGCAAAAAGGCGCACCAUAUUCUGGACCAAGAACCCAAGAAGGAGUCUUCUGCCCAGACAGGUUAG